CGUUCCCGCAGACGCCGAUGGAAUCGCUGCACCCCAUCCUGAUGCCACGGCCUACAGCGCGCUGCCAUCCGAGCGCAGCGACGCUGUUAGCGUCUCUACCAAAGCUUCACAUGUCGUCUGACGAGAAGGACAGACUUCGGUCGAUGCGACAUCAAUCAUUUCGGCGUCUCCAGGUCAACCACAUCAGGUGCGCUCAAAUUCUCCACGGCACAAUGCAAUGGCGGGCAGUGGAGUUUAUGAACGUGGGCGAAGAAACCGAGUGCCUGGAGCGGCAAGAACACUUGCGACAGGAGAUCAAAGCACUGGAAAUCAUCAAUGCCAAACUCGCGGCAGCUCACUCACCGAAUCUUCCUGCCGCCUCUGAUCGAUCGCUCAAGCGACUGCGCGACUCCCAGCCCCCGCCAACUAAACGCAUUAAAACGUUAACAUCCUUGUAGCCCUUGACGACCUCUGACAGUUUGCACAUUCACAGCGUCAUGCGCACAUUGCCGGACACGCUAAAUUGCGGUAGCUGCUCGUCAAGACGUCUUCCCGUAUUGGCACGUUGCAAUUUGCGCAGAAAUCAUAUCUUCUCCCAAUACAGCGAUUGUCGCCAUCUUCGUUGUGA